GGCUCGCUUUGACAGCGCGUGAACUGGACUGGAGACACACCUGUCUGAGAGCCACAGGUGCGGCGAGAGUGUGGAUACACGGUACAACAGGAAAACAACUGCAGUUUAGAACAGCAGCUUCUGGAAAGGUGAUUUUUAAGGAUCUUGACUGACGAUGGAAUUUGAUCAUAUUAAGUCUUCAGCUGCACUCGUCUAUGACAAAUUCUUCCAAAAUGCAGACUCUCGAGUGGAGAACUGGCUGCUUAUGUCCUCUCCUGUGCCCCAAACAAUAAUCAUCGCAGCUUACAUUUAUUUUGUCACAUCUCUGGGGCCUCGGAUAAUGGAGAACCGCAAAGCCUUUGACCUCAAAAAAGUUCUUAUCGUCUACAACUUCAGUGUGGUGGUUCUUUCACUCUACAUGUGCUAUGAGUUUGUGAUGUCUGGAUGGGGAACGGGAUACUCGUUUCACUGUGACCUGGUCGACUACUCGGAUUCACCACAGGCUUUGAGGAUGGCGUCAACGUGCUGGCUCUACUACUUCUCGAAGUUCAUUGAAAUGUUAGAUACGAUCUUCUUUGUGCUGAGGAAGAAGAACAGUCAGGUGACGUUUCUUCAUGUCUACCAUCACUCAAUCAUGCCCUUCACAUGGUGGUUUGGAGUUCGCUUUGCUGCAGGUGGUCUGGGGACAUUCCACGCCCUUCUGAACUGUGUAGUCCACGUUAUCAUGUACUCGUACUACGGCCUGACUGCUCUUGGCCCCAGCUACCAGAAGUACCUGUGGUGGAAGAAAUACCUCACUACCAUUCAGUUGAUCCAGUUUGUUACAGUGACCACCCACAUCUCCCAGUAUUUCUUCAUGAAGGACUGCCCCUACCAGUUCCCCAUCUUUAUUUACAUCAUCGGUCUGUACGGCCUGAUAUUCCUGUUCCUCUUCCUCAACUUCUGGUACCACGCCUACACCAAAGGCAAGAGGCUGCCUAAAGUACUGCAGGCUCAGACAUGGGCACACCACACCAACGGAGUUAUGAAUGGAAACGUCAAUCAUGACAAAGAUGAGUGAUGCAGGGCUCGGCUCAUCAGGGGAUUUCAGGGCUGACCUCAUGUACAUAAGCAAACCACUGUGGGAGUCUGAGAGUCGAGAUCAACUGGUUGGACUGCUAAAGACAAUCUUUAAAUUAUGACCAACUUAUAUUUAAAGUUUAUUGACCCCAUGCUAAGGGUUUUAUUAUUAUCAUUAUUUUUGUUUACAACAAAGCCAAGUUUUGCAAUGAAAAUUCCAAAUAUCCUUUGUUUUUCUGUAUGUUUGUAAAAAUCACGUCUACUAUUGUUCACACACUCCAUUAUAAGUCUUAAAUUACAGUAAAGUGGUGGACCCUCAGCUGUUCAUUCAUGCUGGGCUUCCUCAAAAAGAUAAUUUUUGACCUUUUUGUAAUCGGAUCUUAACCUCUCAGAAGAAUUUUAGUGAAUCCAGCUGUUUUUUUUAAACUGCACUAAAGAGUUGAGGGUUGUUAAUUUCACAAAGCCUAAACUAUUGUUGAGCAUUCAACAUUUUUGCAUAGUAUUUAGGCUACUCAUGUCCUCUUGUUUACAUCAUUGUUAAAUGGUUGCGUGCAUGCACAACGGUGCGUUUUGAGCUCAGCUGCAUGCUGAGUUCUCUAUGGCUUGAGUCACAGCUGCUGAUGGUACGAUAUUCAGUAGAGCUCUUUUAUACUUUAGCAUCAACUUAUUUCUGAUUUGGGUUUUCCUAUGAAGCACACUGUGACAAAUGCAAGGGGUAGGGGGGCUGACACAUUACUGUGGUUCUUGUAGGAUUCAGAGCAGAGCUUUAACUACAGUUUUAGUUCCUCACAGAGGCAUAUAACAUGUAUUACAGGAGAUCAAUACUUGCAAAUACAUGGUUUACUAUAAACCAAACUGGUUAGAAAACGUGAGCAGCCUUGCUUGCCUGCUUUGAGUAUUUUUUGCUUCAUGUGUUGAAGCUCUGGUUAACAAGCAGUGCCUUUGGACUGAGGUCUGGGAGUAAUUUAUGCUUGGUUAUGAUGAUCUUAAAUCAAAGUGAAUGUAACACUGCUCCUGUGGUGACCGAGGACCCUUUGAGAGUGAAGAAAUGUUUCGCUCUCUUUAAUUCAGGCUAAGAUUUUCACUGGAAGAUUGACAUGUAAAUUGCAUACUUUUUUUUUUUUUUUUUUUUUUUUCUUUGUCAGUUCUGCUUACCAACAGUUAAUAUUGU